GGAGGAGCGCGACGGGCUCCUGGAGAGGUGCGCCGCCCUGGAGGAGCGCAGCGCGCGGCUGCUCGACGAGAUCGCCGUGCUGCGGGGCCGCGCUGACGUGGACCUGCCCCACUGGGCGGCGAGGCUCCGGGCCUGCAGGGGCCGGCUGGAGCAGGCCGCUGCUCCGUUCUCCAGCGUGCCGCUGGGGGAGAAGCUGGCUGCGACCGCUGCGGAGCUGGAGGACGUGGAGGCGGGCAUCCUGGGCCUGAACGGCGCCCCGCUCCGCGAGGAGCUGGCGGAGCUGAAGCGCGGCUUCUCGGCCACCCUGGAGGAGAACCUCCAGCGGGAGGAGGCCCUGCGGCGGGAGAACGCGCAGCUCCGCAGCAUGCUGAAGGCCGUGGGCCGCCCCGCGGGGGAGCCCGCCGCGCCCGCGGGCGAGCCCGCAGCGCCGCCGGC